AUGAGUGAUCUUGGUUUGUUGCGUCAUUUUCUUGGUAUUGAGGUUUACCAAGAUGAAUAUGGAAUUUUUAUUUUUCCAAAGAGAUAUGCUGAAAAUAUUUUGAAAAAGUUUGGCAUGUAUGGCUGCAAACCUGUUGAUAUUCCUUUAGUAAUGAAUGAAAAAUUUAAGAAGGAAGAUAGUGGAAGAUUAGUAGAUGCAAGCAUGUAUAGAAGUUUGGUUGGAAGCUUGUUUUAUCUUACAGGUUCAAGGCUCGAUUUAAUGUUUGCUGCUAGUUUACUCACAAGGUUCAUGAGUAAGCCAAGUCAUUUACAUCUUGGGGUAGCAAAAAGAGUUCUAAGGUAUGUCAUGGGAACCAUGGAGCAUGGAAUCAGAUUUGAGAAGAAUUUUAAACUUCAAGCUAAAGGCUAUUGUGAUAGUGAUUGGGUCGGAAGUGAUGAUAAUAUGAAGAGCACUUCAGGUUAUGUAUUCAAUCUUAGUUCAGGUGUGAUAUCCUGGUGCUCAAAGAAGUAA